AAGGGGCGCCGGUUCAAAACUUGUGAAUUUAGGGUUCUUUUUAAAUUCACUCUUUAAACAAUUGCAAUUCGCCUCCUCUCUCUCUCUCGAGUCUCGAUCCUCUAAAAGAUCUCCACCUCCAAUGAAUAAGAAGAGACGGCGUAAAGCCAGAGUAAACUCUGAAGCACCCGACGACCAAUCAGCGGCGGAGUUCUCCUUCUCUCUCACCAGAGUCGCCGUCAGCCAAAUCUGCCUCUCCGUUGGAUACACAUCCACCGAUACCUCCUCCACCCUCAACACUCUGACCCUAAUCACCACCAAGUUCUUGCAAUCCAUCGCCGAACUCGCCGCGUCGUUCUCAAACUCAGCUAAUCGCACGGAGGCUAACCUCUUCGACAUCGUCAAUGGUCUCCAAGACACGGCUCUAUCUACUUCCGAUUGUUUCCCCGGCGGAUCCACGUUGCACAACACCGAAUCGCACUGCCUGAUCAAAUCAGCUGUCCUCCGUAACCUCUCCGAUUUCGUCGCAUCCGCUUUUGAGAUCCCUUUCGCAAAGCCGUUACCCAGGCUAGAAACCAGCGGAUCACACGGAGGAGAUUCGACACGCAUGGCUCGAUCACCGGAGAUGAGAUCAUUUCCAGCUUGGCUUCCGCCUUUCCCGGACUCUAGCCUCUACCUCGAGCCAUACACGAAGGAGAGAUCUGAUCAUCUGUGGGAGAACUCUGAUUCUGUUAUUGGACGUGAAACUUUUGUGGAGACUUCCGGAGUUAGAAGCUCCGGUCGUUUACCGCUGAGGAGAGCCAGUGUGAGAUUUAAGAUGGGACGAGAUUGCAGCAAUGGCGGAGGCUCUUGUAAAAGUGAUACCAGAUUGGAACGGCGGCGGGAUGAUAACGACGGUGAAUAUGGUCGUGAAUUUGAGGCUAAGAAGAAAAUUGGAGAAGAAUACAUCUACUGUGCCGAUAUUGAUGCCGGCGAGUGGAAUAUGUAGCAUCAUCAUCUACCGGUGACCGGGGGAAAAAAAUUCAAAACCGGGAGGCAGAAGUUGGGUUCGAACCUGCGACCUAUUGAGGAUUGGUGCAAAAGAUCAUUGGCUUGUACCACAUGAGCUGCGCCUCUAAUUGUUUCAUUUCUCCUAUUUCUAAUUUUAUAAACGUAUCCUAUG